GCAGCGCGGGCGGAUUCCUCCAUGGGCUCGGUCUGCAAGGCUCGCGGAGAGCGAAUGUCGUCAUGAGCGAACAACAGGACAGCAUGGCUACCACUGUCGCUGUCAGUCCCAGCGAAUACCUUCAGCCCUCCUCUGCUUCGUCACAACUUGAGGAUCACACAUUUGGACCAAAGAGGGGCACAAAGGCAUUGCAGGACACCCAGCCCUCUCCUCUGGCCCUCCUGGCUGCCACCUGCAGUAAAAUUGGCCCUCCUGCUGCUCAGGCUCCUGUCACCUCUCCUCCAGCGCAGCCACAACCUCGCAGGCUCCUUCCUAUAAAGCCGGCUCCUAUAGCCCCCGCUCCACCCAAAAACCUUGGUUUCCUUUCAGCAAAGGGCAAUGUGAUCCAGCUCCCUGCCGGCCUGGGCUCUACAGCUCCUGGCAGCCCCAUCGUCCUCACUAUCCAGCAGAGUCCUGCUCGCACCAACACCUCGGCCCCUCCUGGCAUCCAGUACCAGGUGGUGCCGCAGAUCCAGGGUGCACAAACCAUUCAGGUGAUGCCACAGGGAGGUCAGAUCCAGCUCAUACCAGGAACCAACCAGGCCAUCUUUACCACUCCCAUGACCAUGCCAGCUGCAGCCACUGCUCCGGUCACGCCACAGAAGACUGUAGCCAUCAAGCCCUCCCUCAAAUUGCGGAAGUCAAACAAUACAGCUGCAAAUUUGGUGCAGCUGCCCAGUGGGCUUACACUGCCCCUCAACGUGGCUACAGGAGAGGUGGGUGGGACACAAAUCAUCACAGAGACAGCAGCAGCCACUCCCACUCCUGGAAAGGGACGGCGAGGGAGGAAAAAGAAGGUGGUACUGGCUGUUGAGCCUCCACCGCCCCCUCCCCCGCAGGCUGCCUCUCCGACCCCAGAGCAGAUGGAGACCAUCCUAAUAGAAGCUGGUGACAACAUCAUACAGGCAGGGAACAAUUUGCUGAUUGUGCAGAGUCCCGGGCAGCCAGCUAUGGUGCAGCAGGUCCAGCUGGUCCAGCCCAAACAAGAGCCUCAGGUGGUUCAGAUUCCACAGCAGGCAUUGAAGGUGGUACAGGCUGCCUCUGCCACGUUGCCGCCUGUCCCGCAGAGACAGCCGGUCUCCUCGAGUCUGCAGGUCACUCCAGCAGAUCCAUCAUCAACACAGAUUCUCUUUAAAACAGCUUCAGGUGAGUGGCAAUCUGUUCAGCUCCAGGACUCCACGACGACGACGACCCCUGCCACCACGGUUGCCCCUGCCACCACCAUCACGUCGCCAGCCGCCAGCACCAAGAGAGCACAAGCUACCGGAGGACGAAAGGAGCGGACUCUGGCAAAAAUUGCCCCUGCAGGUGGAAUGAUACAAUUGAACACUUCGCAGCUCACCUCAGCAGCACAAGCAGUGCAGACCAUCAGCAUCAAUGGGGUCCAAGUUCAGGGAGUUCCUGUUACCAUCACCAAUGCAGGAGGCCAGCAGCACCUAACGGUGCAGACCAUGCAGGGUGGAGGGCUCCAGCUGGCAACAGCACAGGGCCAACCUGCCAUCCAGGUAGACCAGACCCUCACUCUGGAGCUGCCUGGCCAGCCAGGAGAGAAAAAAAGGCGAAUGGCCUGCACCUGCCCCAACUGUAAAGAUGCAGACAAGAGACCUGGGGAAGUGGGAAAGAGGAAACACAUCUGCCACGUCCCUGGCUGUGAAAAGACUUUUAGGAAAACGUCUCUGCUCAGAGCUCACGUCCGGCUCCACACUGGCGAAAGGCCCUUUGUCUGCAACUGGGUUUUCUGUGGGAAACGUUUCACACGCAGUGACGAGCUGCAGAGGCACGCCAGGACGCACACAGGAGACAAGCGCUUUGAGUGCAGCCAGUGUCAGAAACGCUUCAUGAGGAGCGACCAUCUGACGAAGCAUUACAAGACUCACAUAAACACCAAGAACCUGUGAGCAAACUGUAUACAGAUAAAAAA